UUUGUAAAAGUAAAAAAAAACUAACGCGUUAAAAAUAUUGGAUGCAGGAUCUUACACUUCAGAAAUGGAAUAUAAACGUAAACUAAGCGUUAUCACAAUCAGUGAUGAUGAUGAUGAAGAAAUGCACAUCCCCAAAAGAUUAAAUAUCGAUGUUGCCGAAGGAAAUUCGUAUGACAAUGUUAUUUGUACUGAUAACUCUGAGAGGUCUAAUGACAUGGAGGUUGUCGAAGAACAUAACUUGGUGGUAAUUGAUUUAACCUGUGAUGAAGAAAACGAAGACGAAUUGGAAGAGGAAUACCAAGGAAAUUCGUAUGACAAUGUUAUUUGUACUGAUAACUCUGAGAGGUCUAAUGACAUGGAGGUUGUCGAAGAAAAUAACUCGGUGGUAAUUGAUUUAACCGGUGAUAUAGAAAGCGAAGACGAAUACGAAGAGGAAUACCAAGAGGUAUUUUUAUUGGAAGAGUUAAGCGAAGAAGAUAACGAAGAGGAAGUCGAAGAGGACGAUACAAGCAGCACUAUUACUAUCAGUAGUACGGAAAAUGAGUUAGAAGAAUGAAAUUCUUCAAUAUUAAAGACACGGAAUCUGAUGACUUUAAAAAGCUGAUAAGUUCGUUUAAAGAAAUUGACUUAACCUGGGGGUUCUACGGGUUUUAUAAUCAGUAAGUGGAAUACAUCUUUAACAGCAAUGUUGACGACCACGGACUCUAAUGGAUCUUGCUCUACAAGGGCCCGGCGAGUAUAUUUCACUGUGUAAAAU